AUGGAUGUUCCGCAACAGGUGUGCAUUGUGCUGUACCUCCUGGGAUGGUAUGAGCUGGAAGGGCUUCGUUGCCAGCUAUGCCUCUUCCAUCCACAGCACUGCGAGCCAGAGCAUCCUUUCCGACUGGCCAACUCGGCUGCCUUCUUGUGCACACUUAUGUCGUCGGUGGCCAAUCAGAUUAUCAUUGGCCCCAGCCAAAAAGGCAAAACAUCUGGCGAGCCGGGCUCUGAAUGCUUUGUGCGGAUUGGUCUGCUCUGCGUCUCAGUGCUGCCGUUCACCACGGGCGUUUUUUGGGCCACCUCCGCCCUUCUUUGGACACCCAUCCUCGCUCGGAUACUCUUCUUCCUGCCGUGCGUCCUAGGCGCCUGGGAGAGCUGGUUCUGUGUCCUUGCACCUCGGAUGCAAUUUUCGUCGGGGCAAUAUCAGGGGAUGAUGUGCGACAUCCCAGGUAUCUUGCUCUGGGCUGUCGGCUAUUCAGUCAGUCGUGUGUCCUUGGCCAAAGAAAGCAUGACCUGUGAAUCAUUCGCCCCUGACCCCACCUUCCAGGGCGAGUCUGCCUUGGGGAGCGUGCAGGUGCAGGAUUGGCGGAAGCCGUUCAAGUGGCUUCGGGCGAAGGAGCUGCACAAGGAUGCCAAGCUCUUCUCCGUCAUCCAGGCGGACAACAUUGUACAGGGCGAGCUGGGUGAUUGCUGGCUUCUGGCGGCGAUGGCUGUCUUUGCAGACUUUCCGGGUCACAUCAUGAACCUUUUUGAUGACAUCAAUUUAAAAGAGUCUGGUCGAUAUGUCAUCAGGCUUUGGGAUAUCAAAGGCGGAGGCGAGUGGCAGGACGUCGAGAUCGAUGACUUGAUCCCGUGUGACAAGUACGGCAAGCCUUUGUUCGCCCAGUUAGAGGGCGAGAGUGGCAGCAUGUGGGCGCUGCUGCUUGAAAAGGCUUUCGCCAAGUUCGUGGGUAACUAUGAGAAGCUCGUCGGGGGGAGCACCGGCUGGGCUUGGCAGGUGCUCACGGGGCAACCCUGGAUGGCCCGCUGGACACGCGACGAGGGCAAGAAGUGGACACGCUGGGAGAUGUGCGACAUCCAGAAGUGUUUUGGGAAAGACGCGGAGAACCUGGCCGCUGCUGCCAGAUGGCGCUCCGACGGCAUGCGCGGCGGACGAUGGAAGGGGCCCGUCGAGACAUCAGAUGAUGAUGGCAUGUUUCAGGCGCUUGCUUCCUACACCCAGGCUUGCUUCGCUAUCAGCUGCUCCAUUGGCCAAGGGGAUCGUGCCGAGGAGCGACGUCCUGACGGCCUGCUUGCCAAGCACGCGUACUCGGUGCUUCAGGUGCUUUGUGCUCACGGCCAGCGGCUCGUCCAGGUGCGCAACCCGUGGGGCAGUGGCGGCGAAUGGAACAGGGCCUGGUCGGACAAGAGUGCGGAGUGGGAGAGGCAUCCCCAGAUCAGCGAGGACUUGAAGGUGGUCGAUGCGGACGAUGGACGAUUCUGGAUGCCAUGGGAUGCUUUUGCCGAGAUCUUCGGGGGGCACAUUAUGGUUUGUCCUGUCACACUGCCGUGCCCCAUGAACUCGCAGAUUGUCGCCGACAAAGCCAGCGGCAGCAGGAUGCGAUGCCCUCAGUGCAGACAGCCCUACACCCGGAGCUGGGUGUUGCUGGCCAGCGAAGAGUCCAAAGGUGACGGCCAGUGGGCACGCCUGGCAGACGGCAAGAACCUUUGCUUCCUCUGUCUCCGGGCGACCUGCCGAGCCAGCGAGCGAUUUCUGAAGGGCUUAAAAGUAGCUGGACUUCACGAGCAGCCGAAGCUCACGCUGGCCCCACCGAAAGGCCCACGAAGAAUGAAGGAAUGCGAGCAUGGAGCAGAAUGCUACCGCCGCAACCCGCAGCACUUCCACGAGCGCUUCCAUCCCAGCCUGCUGCCACCUGCGCCUGCCUGCGCCAGUGGUUGUGGGCGUUCGGCAGCCUCUGGCUACAAGACUUGUUGUCCGAAGUGCACGAGCUCUCCUCCAGAUCUCAAGGUGCACAUUCCAUCCAGGCACAAAGGCCUGGGAGGAAUCUACAAAGCCGUGGACAGGCCAAAAGGCAAAGGGCCGCCAGUCUGGCGCCAGUGUGAUGGGAAAGGUUGGCUGUGGAAGGGGCACGUCUGGAUGAUGGGUGAUCAAGAAGAGAAAGUCGGCGGAGCAUCCGGCCUCAUCGCUGAGGAUGUCGGCGAUGGGAUGUCAGCUCGGUCACCUCAUCUAGCACGCGGCUGGCAGGUUGCAGGCGAAAGUGGCUGGACAGCAGCUCCUGAGCUCAAGGUGGAAGUGGACGCAAAGCACGUCUCCUCUGAUCACGUGCUUUGCUCAGAUGAUGAAGUGUAA